UGAGAGAGAUCAUGACGUCACGAGGCAGUGUGGCUCAGACCCGGUUCGGGUUUUGCUCUGGUUUUGUGAAUCAGUGGUUUCUGCAGUGAAGCACCACCCUCCUCCUCCUCUUCAUCCUGCUCCUCUUCCUCCUGCUCUCUGACGCACAUGAGGAGAAUCCCAGCGCGCGCGUCACCCGCGCCAGUGGGCGUGGCUUCACUCCGCUUCAUUCAUAAACUCCGGCUGCCAUCGGAUGAAAUGUAACGCGCUGCUGGAGCGUCGUGCCAUUGGCGAGCGCUUAUAACGCGUCCCUCGUUCGGACAGCAUGAAUUACACAUAGGCGUCUCACACAAGCUUUUGGACCAUGAGUGAUGAGUCUCCAUUACAGACGCGCCUCACCACUGACAUGCCGCUGGCGUCUGGCUCUCAGGAAAACUACAUCACGCUGCUGGUGCUUCUGUGUGUGUUCGCCGGCGGGACGCUGGUCCUCCUGUCCAUCCUGCUGGUCUUCUGUCAUCGCUGCUGUCGAGGAGAGCGACGCUACUCCAGAGCCAGUGAUGACCUGGAGAAAACCAACACCACAUACAUAGAGGAGAGUCAGCCGACACAAGAUGUCACUAUCAGACUCGAGAGCGGCGAGUCGCUGUCCUCUUCCAGCUGUCAUGGCGAUACGGACGUGGAUCACUUCCUGUCUGCGUCGGUCACUGGAAGACGAGUCUCUUUCAAUGAGGCCGCAAUCUACGAGCAGAGUGCCAAAGACCAGGAGACAGGUCGAAGGUACACACUGACGGAGGGAGACUUUCAUCACCUGAAGAAAGCUCGUCUGACGCACCUGCACAUGCAGCCGCCGGCGAUGAAGAUCCUCACCAUCCUGGAGUGUGAUUCACCAGAGAACAGCGUGAUGCUCACCGAACAGCCCUCACAACACCCAUCCCUCUCAAUAUUUCAGCCUGUGGAGCGUCCCGUGUCGGAGACUGAAGGAUUGUGGAGCGCUCAAAGCCCCAGCAGUGCUCUGCCUGGAAACACACUGAACUCCAGCACUGAACACACGGCCAAACCAGCUCGAUCACACACCUCUCUUCCUCUCCAGAUCGAGGUGAUGAACAGAAGCCUGCUGAUGGACAGAGAUUCCACUUCCUGUGCGGCCAGCGGUGCUGCAGGUCCAGCUCAGGGCACCAUGUUCCACUUCCUGUCUAAGCUCCGACGCCACACCAGCCUGGAGGGAGCGGGUCCAUUCUUCAGUGUCAAGAAAUGGAGACAGGACACCAUCCAGAGAGCAGCGAGUCUCGACAUGAGAGCUUCUCCGCGGAGACGUGCGUUUCAGAGGCAGCGGGCGGCUAGCGAGACUCUGGAUCAGGGAGAAGAAACCUUACACGCUGGAGUCAGCGACUUCUUGUGGCAAAAACCCAUUGCACAGCCACAGAAGGAGCCACCAAGACGCCUCUCGGCCGGUUCUUUGGAUGUCACCGGAGGAGCUCCUCCUGCCCUCAGCAGGUUAGAGGUAGAAGCUGUAAUGGAGCUCAGAGUCAACUCAGAUGCAGUGAAAGACAGGACUCCAACAUUGCCCCCAACCCAUGGACCUCUGGAAGUGGAGGAUGGGGAAGAGGAUGGACAGGAGAUGAUGGCAGAAGCAUCAGGAGGCGGUGCUGAAGAGUAUGGACCAGUGACUCAUCAGGAGAGUCUAGAGCAGCCCAACCUGUACCGCGACAUCUGGAGCCUGAGAGCAUCACUGGAGCAGUACGCCUCCUCCGACCUGAGCAGCAACGACAGGGACUCCACUCGCAGCGAUGCUGACAGCAUUUGCUCAGCGGGAGCAUCGAGAGCGGGCGUCCCUGGCUAUCAGUCGCAAGACAUCGAUGAUGAUAUAGACGGGGACGGAGAGCUUCCAUAUGAUGACAUGGUCAGGGAAGCUGGGCAGAGGAGAAUUGGACACGACAGCGUAGACUCUGAGAGAGGAAGCGACGGAGAGGCAAACAACCGGAAGCUUCUGCAGAUGGACAGCGGAUACGCCUCAAUCGAGGCUCCUUGCAAGGCUCCGGAGGAAUUCAGAUCGCACGGGAGUAGCUCUGGAAAGACCGCAUCAGAACGUCGCCGCUUUUUCACCAAUUCUGGACGCAAAGGCACAGUCUGUGAGAGUUUUGAGGCACGGUUGUUCAAGGAGGAGCUGGAAGACGAGGCAUCGGAGAGCAGCGCAAGUUUGGAGGCAGACACUCCCGCUACAGUUCCCCACCAAGAACCCAUAACCAAACCCAGGCCACGCUUCCAACGCAGAGACUACAGCAUCGAUGAGAAGACGGAGGCCCUGUUUAAUGAAUUCCUACGCCAUGACCCCCAGUUUGACCAACAGGGCUCGCCCUCCUUGCGUCACCGGCACCGCUCCCGAAUCCAUCUCAGGAAGCAGUGGCAGCGCAGCAAACAGUACAGCGACCCCGGUGCCACUCGAUUGUCACCAUCUCUAGAGCGUCAGCGCUGCUAUCCACUACGCCGAGGCGACAGCGCCAACUACCCCUUAGACACACGCUACCACAGCACCUUGCCUCGCAUCGCUAGCGCCGCGGACGAGGAGGUCAGCGAGGGAGCAGCGAGUACAGAAUCACCCGAGCCGGGAAAAUCCGGUCCAGAGCAGGAGGAUGCUGAUCCGCUCUCAGAAACAGGCAAUUCUGGUCCAGACCUGGAGGAAAACGCAAACAACAGCAGCAACAACACAAGCCCACAUCUCUUUUCAUCGCAAACAAAGGACAACAGUGCCAGGCGUUGUGGAAGACCGGAGGACUUGGGAACAAACGCUCAUCCCACAGAUUCACAUAAACAUUCACAGAUGGACUGUGGUGGACCAAUGGCUACAUUUAGUUCUCAUUUGCAUUCACAUACAAACACACUCAUGCAGGAUCCCACUAAUCCGGAUCAGGAUUCAGACUACAUACGUCAUGCUCUCACUGACAUCAGUCCGUCAGACAAACUGGCGUCCACACUGGACGAUCGGCUCUACUCCGACCUGAGGACUCAAACAGGGAGUCAAGAGUGUGCUGUGACCGUAAGCCGCACCUCACCAGAUCUAGAAGAAUAAAGAGCCGUUCACGCUAAGAACAAUAACUAUAACCAAGAAGUUGUAUCAAUCACUGACUCUAAGAGAACGGCGAAGUCCACACCAUGAUACAGAAGAGCGAUAUAGUUGGAAUCACGCUCUUUUCCCGCUGAUGAGUGAAAAAACAUCAUCAGCCAAUCUGACUUAAACAUGAGCAUUUAAUAUCCUCAAAAGACAAAGAGAACGUUAUUGUCCGUUGGUGUGGACACUAAUAUAGUUAAGUUCUUGUAAGUUUGAAUCGUGUUUGAAAAGGUACAGCACCACCAAUGGGAAUAUCGACUGAUGUCUGAUGUCAAGUCUGUUUUUUGGCUGUCAGUAACUCCUUUUCCAUCGUCAGGGUGCUGGUGCCGGGCAUCUAAUGUCCUCAUCAUGUAAAGAACAAGAACUCGAUCUAGAAACAGUGAUGCUAAUCUAGAUCACGCCCAUUAUGAUUAACGAACACCCCGCUUCCACGUACAUUACAUUGCACUGCAGCACUAGACACUUUCUGUUUGCAAUCCAAAAUGGAGCAUGCAUUAUUAUGAUUUUGAAAGACUUGGCCGUGAUUAUUUGUGGGCAGCUUGUGCUCGUCAGUUCUUUAUAUCCUGAAUCCUGGCACCAGCACCGUUCCUGUGGAAGAAGACCAAACAUCACAUUUAUAGAAAUGACAAUAACUCUACUUCAGUAGAACAUGAAACAGAAUGAAUACAAGCAUGCGGUCUAGUGGACACAUUAGCAAUAAACACACACAAGUAAAGGUGAGGUGUGUUGUCUAUCAGUGAAAUACAGUCAAGCAUAAGCCCUGGUACACUGAUCAUCGGCAAACAGUCAUUACUCUAGAAAUUACACACUUCACCAGAGUAAAUGUAAGAGUUUAAACUGUGUGACCACAUCCAACUUCAUCUGAUCUUGAAAAGGGACUAAACAUAGAAAGACAGAACAUCCUGAGUCCUUGUCAUUAAAUCACUGAUGUUAAGAAGAUCAGCGCUCAAUAUCUCAGUUUUCAUAUAACUAUUAGGAUCAUAAAUGUGUCUUGAAAGCAUUUAUUCGGUCCAGAUCAUGUUUAGCAUUGGAGAACGCGGGUAAGUGUAGGUGAAUGUAUCUAGAUCACUCUAAACUGUCAUUUUAAAUUAUAAUUCCUUUGCAAUAAAGGUACUUUUGUUGGGUUUAUGCAAAAAAACACAUUUAUUUCUCGUUUGGAAACCAAAAUUCUCAUUGUGCACUAUUAUUUUAACCUGCAAAACCAAACUGACAGAAGCAUGUUGGCUAGUUUAAAACUUCAUUAGUUACACAGGGUCCAGUGAGCUAGAAGCAGCAACAUGAGCUCUGAUAAACGUGAAGCUGUCAGCUAGAUAUCACAUAAAAUUAAAUAUUACACAACACAUUAAACAAAACCCGGAGCUGAAGGGGAUUUUCUGUGGAACUGCUGCCAUGGAAACAGGCGUGUAAGCGGUCAUAGGUCACACGCCAGAGACGAAGCAGCACCGUUCUGCUGAUUCUGGACAAUCUCGUCUUUUCCUCUCAAUGCAUUCAUAGAUUGUUCUGAAAGACUGGUUUGAAUCAGCA